CGCGUGCGCGGCAGUGGUGAGUGAGGAACUGUUGAUGGAGGUACGGUACUGUAGACUAUUGCUCCGUAGUGUCAACUAACCUCUUGUUUACCUCACUCGUCUUCUAGCCUACUCACACCGACUGACACAAUGGGUGAUUCUAACAAUACUACUAGCAUUGCGGACUACCUAGCCCAACUCUUAAAGGAUAAGAAACAGCUCGCAGCCUUCCCCAGUGUAUUCAUGCACGUCGAAAGACUUCUCGAUGAAGAGAUCAACAAGGUCCGGGCUAACCUCUUCCACAUCAAUGGAGGGCAGAAGGAGCCCCUAUCUUUACCAGAACCAAUGGGAGCCCCCGUGACACUCUCAGACAAGGUGUACGUUCCAGUCAAAGAUCACCCAGAGGUCAGUACUGAUAUAUUAAGUCACAUUUGGAUCCCCCAUGUACAUGUAUAUUCCUAGUCAACUAUCACCCAG